ACAAACAGGGCUGGGCGAACCAAGUCGGGACAAUUUGUCGGACGUUUUGUUUGUUUUUGUUACCGAAUACUCGAUAACAAGGAUAUGCAUACAGCAAAUAUGGGCAGAAACGUAUUUUUUGCUCUUUUAACGAAUUAAAAAGGAUAUCUUUCACUAUCAGUUUUCAACUUUUACGUGGAGUUUCAUGCAUUUCGUGAUUGUUUUAUUCACGUAAAACUAUCGCCGAUUGAGGAUGAUUUUUGCAAAUACUGGCAACCUACUAAGGACUCCAUAUCGUAAACAGCCACCUGUUGGCCCGCGGUCGCACCCUAUGGCUCCGCCCAGCCCGAGCACCAACAGCAGCAGCAACACCGGAGGAUGGGAACAGCUCAGCAAAACAAACCUCUACAUCCGAGGCUUGCUCCCUUCAACCACCGACCAUGACCUGGUCAAACUCUGUCAUCCGUAUGGCAAAAUAGUGUCGACAAAAGCCAUCCUGGACAAAGCUACAAAUAAGUGUAAAGGUUAUGGUUUCGUGGAUUUCGACAGCCCCGCUGCAGCUCAGAAGGCCGUGGCUGUCCUCAAGAGCAACGGUGUUCAAGCUCAGAUGGCAAAGCAACAAGAACAAGACCCAACAAACCUCUACAUCUCCAACUUACCUCUGUCUAUGGAUGAGCAGGAACUGGAGGAUAUGCUGAAACAUUAUGGUCAAGUGAUAUCCACUCGGAUCUUGAGAGACUCGGGUGGAGUCAGCAGAGGAGUGGGCUUUGCAAGGAUGGAAUCAACUGAAAAAUGUGAAGCAGUCAUUUCUCAGUUUAACGGAAAGUUCAUUAAAACACCUGCAGGCGUUCCAGUGCCAUCUGAACCACUGUUGUGCAAGUUUGCUGAUGGCGGACAGAAAAAAAGACAAAGUCAAAAUAAAUUUGGUCAUAACGGUCGUGGCUGGGCGAGGGACGGCGACUCUCGAUUGGCUGGAAUGACUCUGACAUAUGACCCCAGUACAGCUGCUAUGCAAAAUGGGUUUUUUCCUGCACCUUACAGUAUUUCAGGCAGGAUGAUCGCUCAAACGUCCAUGUCUCCGUACAUGUCUGCAGUGUCAGCAUAUCAGGUGCAGAACCCUUCCUGGGUGCCUCAUCAACCCUACAUCAUGCAGCAUCCGGGUGCGGUACUAUCGCCCUCUAUAGACCCAUCUGUGUCACUGCAGCCUGCUUCCAUGAUGGCCCCUCUCACUCAGCAGAUGAGUCACCUCACUCUGGGUGGUGCAGGAACGUUUAUGGCCAACACAGCUUUGCAAGGAGCUUAUAUCCCACAGUAUGCACACAUGCAGACAACAUCUGUUCCUGUGGAGGAAAAUGGAGUACAGUCGCAAGUGGACUCAUCUGGCAAUCAUUCCCCUUAUUCCUACCAACAAAGCAAGUAGUGCCGAGGUAACAAUUGGACAAUCAUGUCUACAAAUCCAGUGGACGCUAAGGAACAUUUACUGUUUUUCUUUUUGUUUUGUUUUUUUGCAAGUGUUGCAAAUGUUCAAGUGAGACUUUUUCUGGGUCGUUGUUCAGAGAGUUCAUCAAAUGAUUCAUAUUCUAUUUAAAAAAAGAAGUUUUAUUUUCAUACUAGAAAUUGUUUUAUUUUUUACAAAGGGCUUACCAUAGGAGACAAGAAAAAAAAGUCAUGUGACUAGCUGUGCAAAAUGACUAGUUGUAAAUAUGUUUUUAUUUUAUUUUUUUUGCCAGACAUUUUGAAAAUGUUUUGUGCUUGGUGCAUGUUUGUGUUGCUAUGGUGAAGUGUUCAGUGUUGUUUUCCUGUAAAGUAAUUUUUUCUUUGAGUUUCACAGUGAUUUAAACCCUCCUUCGUAGUUUUCAUGCAGCAGUUUAACGCAGACCUCCACAGAGCAAAGACAGGCUUAAGGAAAAGACUUUAAAAAGUGACAAAAGAAAAACAGUGUGCUCUUAUUUC